UUCUAUUGCUUGAUAAAAUGUAUGGACAUUAAUUUGGAAGAUGCCUUUUCUCUUUUAAUUUUCCCUUGAAAGAAAAGAUAAUAUAUUGGAUUGAGCUGGGUAGGGAAGCUGGAUUUAAGGCAGUACUGAAGUUCUUGGGAAACUGAAUUUAUGAAAGUUAUAAUGUGGUGUUACAUUUUAUGUCCCUCCAGGGCAAAAAGAGCUUUAUGAGCUGUCACAUGCAAUGCUAACUCAAGUUUGACUUUUUAUCUUUUGUCUGAAUCUUAAGGGAUAUAGUUGGUGUUUCUGAUAGAUUGAAAAAUUAGAAGUGAAAGAAGUUUGCAAGUCAGGUAUCCAAAGAUAUAUGAUUAAAAAGUAUUGUUUCAGUAUGAUACUUUGAGUGUGUAUAUGUAUAUUGGCAGGCUGCUUCAACCAGUUACAAUCUAAAUGGUGUCUUUAGAAACCGGCUACUCCAUGUUUCCAAGCACACAGGUUCAGCAGGCAGCUCCUUCUGAGGUCUGGCUGCGCAGUGAGGGUGUGCAGUGAAACCUCCCUGAAGACAUUGUUGUUGGCGCUGGGUAGACUCCAGCAUCUCUUCCUGCUUGCUAUAUGCACACUCCCUUUGGAAGCGCAUUGGGUCACCAUGACUAGGUCUAUCUUGUGCUCCUCAUAUCUCUAGCAUGUCAGACCCUCUCCAGUUUUUAAACCACUCAGAUCCAGGAAGGCUUGCAGUUACUGGCCAAAGCAAAGGCCACCCUGAGGCAAAGCCAUCAGAAGUCAGGCAUCUAUCAGCUCACACAUUUCAGAGAAAUAGCCCCGUGGCUGGUUUUGACCCACCUCUUCAAGUGGUUCCCAUCAAGAACCCAAUCAGGUGCAACAAAAGGGCAGCUGACCCAAUCCAUCCUGACUUUGCUGGUUUGUUGGUGAAAAACAAGGAUCUUUUAGCUGAGCUAGGAAAUCUUCGAAACAAACUUCUCAUAAAAGAAACUUCAUUGCAAGAGAUGAGAUCUGAGCUAGAAAGUUACAAGGAAAAUAACGCUCAGCAGUCGUUCCAGAUAAUGUCUCUGAAAGAUGAUAUCAAGGACCUAGAAGAACUUACUGCUUCUCUAACCAGAAUUAAAUCUUUGAAAAACACCAAUAUUCAGAGCCUUGAAAGAGGCAACUGGGAUUUAACUGAACGAAUUGUGGAACUAGAAAAUCGUCUAAGGGUACAACUGGUUGAAAGACAAAAAGCAGAGCAUAAGGCAAAUCUUUUGGAGAAAGAAUUAGUAAGUGCCAACAGAUACACCCCUUAUAUGAAUAUGAAAGGACAAGAAGAUUCCAUGGAUAUUUUCAUGAUGAAGGAUAAGGAUGCAGCUAUCCUGGCCAAGAACCUUGAGAGAGACAUUUUCCACUUUGAAGGCCCAAAGAAUGGACAGAAAAUUUGGGACAAAUGUCUACAAGAUUUGAUCCAUAAGGAAAAACAAAUAUCUCAGUUAGACAGACCUCCAUAUUCAUUCUGCUGGGAAACUAAAACUACGCAAUCCCAAUAUCAGAAUUUCCUUGAUCAUUUGGCUACUCUCCUGAGCAACAGCAUCAUCCCAAUACCAGCCACUGAGGAAGCUGUAAAACAGAGGAUUCAGGAAAUUGGUGCAAAUGAACAAUCUUGGAAGUCUAGAACUGAAGGCCUUCGGCAGGAAAUUCAGACGCUCAAUAAACGAUUGGAGCAGCUGCAUCAUCUUUAUGAAGGAGCUAUUCGAGAAUCAUCCCAAACUGAAGAAAAGUGUAGGGAAGAAAAAAAAUCCUUGAAACGUCUGGAAGGAAAAAUUGCUAUCAAUGACCUUUUUCAAGGGAGCGUAGCCUUGGACAGGAAGAAAGAAAACUCCAGGACCAAGAAUUCCCAGAUAGAAGAGCAUGACAGGAAGCUCAAACAGCUAGAGAAAGACGAGAAACAAAUAUUCUUGCAUAUUCGGCAGAAUGUUCAGAUCGCUACAACUCAAAGAUUGGAGGAGAAAGUUCAAAGACUUCAGAAACAGCUCAGUGAUCUGAAAUUAUCAAAUAAAAAUAUGAAAACUCAACUGACAAGAGUGAAUGUCCUUAAAAACAAAACAAUGGAAAAGCUCAGACAAUCUUUAACAGAAAUUGAGACAAUGAAAGAGAAGGCAGUUAUGAAAACAGACAAAUUGAAAAUACCGUUAGACUCUGGAGAGCAAGAGGCAAGAUCGGACAGAGGGCGGGCCCAUCAGAUGUUAGGUGCUGUCACUUGUAAGCUGGAUACAGCAGAGAGCAUGCUUGAAGACACAUCAGGUCGAGAACAAGAGCUUGCUGAGUUUCGAGAAACCAUUACAAAGAUGUUGGGAUUUCACAUGAAAACAGCAGAUGAAGAAGUCAUCAAUCAGCUCAGGUUUAUUCUACAAGCUUAUGAAGCAUCUAACAAAAAAUCAAGGACUGCUUCUGAUGAUGAGGCUGAACCGGAGAAUGACUAAAGAAGUUCUGCCUCUUCCUUGCUGCCAACAAGAACUCACCCGAUAUGGAUGUUUCCUUCAGCAUCUUGAAUGCAGCUACAUUAUGAAUAAAAUGCACCGGAAAAUUUUCACUUGAAUCUGUUCUCCUGUUUGCGUUUAGCUUUUGUCAUAAUUUUGUUCUAUGUAUUAUGAUCUACUUUAAUUUAUUUGUAACAUAUAAUUAUCUAAUUAUAUUUGUUAACUGUAUUUUAAGUAGGAUAUUAAGCAGAACUUGUGCUUAAGUUGGAAUAUUUACAUCCAUAGUUAAGCCUGUUUUCAGAAUGAAUAAUUUAUUGGGUUUGAAAUCCCUCUUGGGAGCCAGGUAAAGUUAUGAUCUAUGGCUUCUGAAAUUAUUUGAUUACCUGAGAGUGUGAAAAUCAGAUCUGAAAUGUUGAGGGGCA